UGGCCGCGGCUGGCCCCAGGCCGAGGAAGGCGAUGCCAUUUGCUCCUGGGGAGGAGCGGGGAGGACUCCGGAGGGCGGCGCCGGCCGCGGGGAGAGGGGAGCAGCCCGGGCCUGGCGCGCGUGGGUGUGCGCCGCUUCGUUCAUUCGCCUUGUGCGAGUCUUUAUAGGCGGCCUGUUGGGAGGCGGCGGUGGCACGGCGCCUGCCACGGUGGAUGCUUCUCCCUGGAAGGCAGGCACAGGGGCGCUUGUGGGUCUGAGGAGGACACCGCGGCGGGUGGAGCCGAAAGCCCCACUUAGAUGCCUGCUCGGUGCCUAUCUCGGAGAUUAUCACCGUGGAAGAGACGGACACUCGUGGGAAGCACUACGGCAGCGGGAAAUGGCAAAAGAUGGAGAAGCCCUUCGCUUUCACAGUGCACUGUGUGAAGAGAGCCCGACGCCACCGCUGGAAGUGGGCGCAGGUGACCUUCUGCUGUGCUGAGGAGCCGCUGUGUCACCUGUGGCUGCAGACCCUGCAGGAGCUGCUGGACAAGCUCACAUCAAGACCAAAGCAUCUACUGGUGUUUAUUAACCCAUUUGGCGGGAAAGGACAAGGCAAGCGGAUAUAUGAGAGGAAAGUGGCCCCGUUGUUUACGCUAGCCUCCAUCACCACCGAAAUAAUCGUUACUGAACGUGCGAAUCAGGCCAAGGAGAGUCUGUAUGAGAUCAACAUAGACAAAUACGAUGGAAUCGUCUGCGUCGGUGGAGACGGCAUGUUCAGCGAGAUCCUGCACGGCCUGAUCGGCAGGACGCAGAGGAACGCCGGCGUGGACCAGAACCAGCCCAGGGCAGCGCUGGUGCCCAGCCCGCUCAGGAUCGGCAUCAUCCCCGCAGGGUCAACAGACUGUGUGUGUUUUUCCACUGUUGGCACAAACGAUGCAGAAACGUCGGCUUUGCACAUCAUCGUGGGGGACUCGCUGCCCAUGGACGUGUCCUCCGUUCAUCACAACAGCACGCUGCUCCGGUACUCUGUGUCCCUCCUGGGGUACGGCUUCUACGGGGACAUCAUCAAGGACAGCGAGAAGAAGCGGUGGAUGGGGCUCAUCAGAUACGACUUCUCAGGUUUGAAGACCUUCCUCUCGCAUCACUGCUACGAAGGGACGGUGUCUUUCCUGCCAGCACGACACACAGUGGGGUCUCCCAGGGACAGGAAACCCUGCCGGGCGGGGUGCUUUGUGUGCCGGCAAAGCAAGCAGCAGCUGGAGGAGGAGCAGAAGAGGUCGCUGUACGGCUUAGAGAACACAGAGGAGGUGGAAGAGUGGAAGGUGGUCUGCGGGAAGUUCCUGGCCAUCAACGCCACCAACAUGUGCUGUGCUUGUCCGCGGAGCCCCUGGGGCCUCUCCCCUGCCGCCCACCUGGGGGACGGGUCUUCCGACCUCAUCCUUAUCCGGAAAUGCUCACGGUUCAACUUUCUGAGGUUCCUCGUCAGGCACACCAACCAGUAUGACCAGUUUGACUUUGCUUUUGUCGAAGUUUACCGAGUCAAGAAAUUCCAGUUUACGUCGAGCCACGUGGAGGAGGAGGACAGCGACCUCAAGGAGCGAGGGAAGAAGCGGUUCGGGCAGAUGUGCAGCGAGCACCCGUCCUGCUGCUGCUCCGUCUCCAACAGCUCAUGGAACUGCGACGGGGAGAUCCUGAGUAGCUCCUCCAUCGAGGUCAGGGUCCACUGCCAGCUGGUUCGCCUCUUUGCUCGCGGAAUCGAGGAGAAUCCUAAGGAGGAAUUGGACAGCUGAGCCGCCAUCACGCAUCGCCUGCCUUGCUAUGCUUGGGAAGUGUGAACAUUAUUUAAAGAAAUUCCUGCAGACCGAUUACGUUGAUAUAUACAUUGAAAUUUAGAAAUUUAUUUUUGAUAGUUAGAUCUUGGUUUUAGAAAAAAUACCUUUGUCAGCAAUUUCGUGAACAUACCAGGCAUUUUCAGUUCUCUGUGAGCCUGUGGGGUGCGUUUCCCAUCACUUACUCUCAGCAAACAUCACUUGUCAGUUUGGGGGCGCUGGCUUCUUAGGUUGUCUCCAUGGCAGCAGCACAGAUCUUUAAGGGGCCCAGCAGUGGCUCUGUCGCGGUAACCUUGGGGAAGGUGGAUGUGAGGUCACACCAUCUGGACGUGAGGUCUCUCCCGGCUCGUUGAUCCGCUUUACAAGAUGUCCUGGAGUUGUUUGGGAUCAGGGUUUGGAAAGUAGCACAUUGCCUUCGUUUCGCCUUGUGCUUGGGACACUUGCUGGAGCCUGUGUGUUGGGGCAGUUCCAGCGCGGUGUCCCCUGCGUCAGAACCUGGGGCGCAGACCGUUUGAGUGAGAAGGACGUGGACAGGACUGACACUUUUAUCUUUAGGCUCCCAGCCCGGGCUCCCACUGUGGUUGUGCUCCUGGGACAAUCCAGCCGCAGCGAGAACAAUCAUGAGCGCUGGACACAGCAUCCAUUUAAAACGUAUUUAUUCAUGAGACACAGAGAGAGAGAGAGAGAGGCAGAGACACAGGCAGAGGGAGACGCAGGCUCCAUGCAGGGAGCCCGACGUGGGACUCGUCACCCGGGGUGCCCUCCGUUUGAAACUUAGAAAAGUGAUGCUUUGUCGCGACACAGAGUGGGUAACAGGUGGGCUCUGGGGGGCGUGACAGGAGCUGGUGUGCAAGAAGUACGAAUUCACCGUGUGGGUUCCGUGUUCACCUCAACCCGAGCGCCCUGGCCCUGCUGGGGGGACCCCGAGUUCCCGGGCUGCUCCGGCGUGGGCCCCAGGUUCUACGUACGUGGUCCAGACCUGUGCUUCUCUUCACACUUAAUUCUCUGUAUCUGUUGAAAAUGUCCUUUUACACCAGAAGAGCAUACGUGGGGUCUCCACGGUUAGCGCUGUAGACUUGGUUUCUGCUGCAGCGCUGGAGCCGCAGAGGCUGGGGGUUCCUGGAGGCGGGCCCCGCUGUGGCCUUGUUUCCUUUGUAUUCACGCUUAGGUACCUGGGAGAUGCAUCUAAGAUAGCUUUAUUAGAGGUGCAAGCUGCGGCCCGAACUCUGUCCGCGACGAGAGAGGAAGCCUGUUACAGAAGGCGACCGACGCGCGUCGUGCCCAUAGGAGCUUGACGUUACGCAGACGUGGCUAGUCAGGGUAGCGCCAACCGAUGUAUAUUUUUAGAAUUCGCGUGCAGUGUUUAUAUUUUGAAGUAUACAUGAAAUUUCCUAUUUUAUCACUUAGUCCCAUCCGGGUCAGACAAGAGGGCAGCUUUGACAGUGGGUUUUUUGUUUUUUUUAAGGGGCCACAUUUCCGAGGAAUUAAUUGGACACGUGGGUUUACUCCGUCUUGGGUGGGUAGGAAGGGUGGUGUGGAAAGUCAGUGCGCUGGCUGUUUCUGACUCAUUGCUUGCUGCCGGUUGGAAGAAACCAAAGAAGCAGGGGCGGCAGUGCUGUGCGGGGGCAGAGGCCGCACGGCAGGCCCGAGGGUGCCGCCCAGCCCCGCGCCCCGGGGAGUGCUCCUUCACAGGGCUUCCCCCAAACAGCCCUGGUCCGUCCUAAACUCCACUGCCAACUGUGGAGGAGCCCGCCAGCCCCGGUGAGCAUUUUCCGGUCCCCAAGGAAGCCAGCCACGCCACGGGCUUUGUGGACGGCUGCCGCAGGCUCUGGGCCGUUCUCGGGGUGCGCCUGAUGGUCUCAGCAGCCCCAAGGGUCCUCAGUGAUCUGCACACAGGACGGGAGGAUCUUUCCGACGUUCCCACACAGGCGAGGGGCUCCGGCCUCCAGGAAGGCCCCAGACACCUGGACUCCAAGGUCUUGGAAGGAAAUCGGAACGGAUGGCUGGUUGGUGAAAACUUAGGAUCAUCCAGAAGACUUAGUCUGCGUUUUGACUUUGUGACUCAUUAGUGCAGAAACCCUACGGCGGCCGUUACGCUUUGACCCUGUUCUGGCUUAUUGUCAUCACCACGCAGGCACCUGCGCGGCACCUGCUGCUCAGUGGGCAGGUGUGACUGUUCUGGUCAAUCCUGUGUAACGGGCAAGUGUGGGCUGAAGGGGGGCUUCGUGUCCUAAUCUUGCUGGUUUCAAGAUGGGAAGAUGGCAUAUUUGCUCCGAUAUGUUUGAGAAGACAAAAAUAAAGUUACUUUGGGCGGA